CUUGAUUGUGGCUUGACUUCUUAGCUGUACGCCACUUUCCGCCCAGACCCACACCGUGUUCUCUCUCGCCUUCACUGUAUCCACCCCUCACUUUAUGAUGUCGCGGAAACCUUGGGCUCUCGGGUGGCUUGUCGACAAAGAAGCCGUCACCCAACUUGCCAGGCGUCUUAACCUUGUACGCGGGCCAAAAGCCGACAAAGAAAUAGAAGUCGAGUACGCGGGAGUCGACUACAUCGUGGGUCGCCUUUGGUGGCCAUACAUGAUGCGGUGCCGGGUUGGUGAUAACGACUGGGACACCGAGCUCGUCUUCGCCAUCUACGUCGAUAACAAGCGCAGGUCGUACCCCCCAAGGUGGAUUCCGCGCUCGCAGAUGUUGUCGAAGAAGUACGCCGACAAGUUGAACGAGCUGAUGCCACUCAAGGGCAAGGCUCAGUGGUAUCAGUGUGUCGACGGCUCGCAUACACCGUGGCGCUAUCCGGACGACGAUGACGACGACGAGGAUGAAGUCUGGGUCGACGUCUUGCACACGUUGCCACAGCCCGAACCGGAGGAAGAAGCUGGUGUGGAUGUUGUCGUGCAAGAAUACGAAGCCGAGUACGGGGAGUACGAUGAGGAGGAAGUCGAGUAUGGUGUUGGUGCCGAAGAAGACCUUGUGGAGUUCUAUGAAGACGAUCAGGAACUCGUGGAGUACGCCGAGGAAGGAGAAGAGUACCUCGAGGAAGGAGAGGAGUACCUCGAGGAAGGAGGAGAGUACCUCGAGGAAGGAGGAGAGUACCUCGAGGAAGGAGAAGAGUACCUUGAGGAAGGAGAGCAGUGCCCCGAGGGCGAUGCGGAGGACCUGGAAGAGGGUGCGACGGGCUCUCAGGACGGUACAGACUACGACAAGGGGUCUAUGGUGGGCAGCGAGGGUGAGGUUGCCGUGUACGAUGAACAAGGCGUGGUGGACAUCGAAGACGACGACUCGGAUACUGUUCGCGGUGACGAGGAUGCCGACAUAUGCACUGAGAACGAUGGUGGUCAGGCGGUUGCAUCCGUCGGGAUUUACGACGACUGCAACGCUACGUCGAGCGCAGGCGAUGUCCAUCGUGGAGGGGUCGAUGACGUGCCCUCAUCUCGCGGUGUGGAAUGCCGCUCUGAAACGAGCCCCACGGGCGCGGCAGGAGAUGCACCGUGAUACUUCCAAACCGUCGCCUUGUGUCGCCCUGGCACCCUUCCGUAUUCAUACCUAGGAUCAUCUCACUGUCUGCAUGUUGCCCCGUUGCUCUUUCCGAUAAAUUUGCUCUCCAAGUCGCUCAAACGCUGUUACAUUGUACCACAUACGUCGCAAUCCCCCGAAUCAAUCUCGUCGUUUCGUACAAUAUCCACACUGUUAUAUGUAUUUGCAUCAUAAAUCGAUCCCAGUCUACGCGCAGUA